AAAAUCAUGUAGGGCAAAAACUGGUGGCUUUAUUAAACGUCGCGCACGUGUCUUGAAGUUUGAAGGAACCAUCGCACGAGCUGUUAUACGUGUUUAAACGGUUCAAGUGAAACAUAAAAUUGCAAUAUGCCACAAGCAACUACUUUAACGAACUUCUUAUCUGGACACUUCUAUACGAUCCUAAACAUAGGCAUCGUCGUGUGUACGUUCGUAGAAUCUUAUAUGUUCCCGUUCGCUAUAAUCAAAUGGAUGAUAAUUCUCGCCAAAUAUAGAGGCGUUGGGAGUUUGUUAAAAGGGUGUAUUGCGAGUUUGGUUACGUCUUCACGGUCACGAUAUAAUUACACACUGAAACUGAUGACUAUGUGCAAUAGUCAGAGAAGUGAGGCACAAACCGUGACGAAAAACGAAUCUUAUGUGAGCGUUGUUAUGGAAAGCGAUAGAGGAGAAGCUUAUGAUAAUAUCCAGUUGACCUAUUGUGGGCAGGAUUGUCAACGAAUACCACCUGCGCUAUGGAAAAUGUAUGGUGACAAAGUCAGAUAUUUAGACCUUAGCUACAACAAUAUCGAAACCCUGAAGGGGCUGGAGCAAUUCCCACGGCUUGACGAGCUGAUACUGGACAACAAUAAGAUAGGGGACGGGGUCGGGUUCCCCUCGCUGCCUCAUUUGCGGACGCUCUCCCUCAAUAACAACCGGAUUACGGACCUGGAGGGAUUCGUGAAUAAAAUCAGUGAAUGUUUCCCGUCCUUAUCGUAUCUAAGCCUCCUUAGCAACAAGGCCUGUCCCAACCAACUUUCGGACCUCGAUAAAGAUGAAUCCGAUUAUCAAAGAUACAGAUACUUUGUAAUAUACAAGCUGAGCAACCUACGCUUCCUGGAUUCUCGGCGCGUACGCUCAAGCGAGCGCGCGCAGGCGGAGACGCGGGGCUCGUUCAUGCGCGUGCGGCGCCCGCUGCCCGAGCCCGAGGACACCAGGCCCCGGGCCGCGGGCAGGGUGCGACCCCUGCCGGUGGACUUUAGCGCGUUGGGCAAACACAGAGGAGCCUACGGCAAAUGCAACUACAAGUACACCGGCAAGCACUCAGAGGGCAACAGAUUUAUAGUGAACAGCGACCUGUGACGUCAUCACAACCGUAUCACUAAAUAGAGAUACAUAUCAAGUGAAAUUGAAUUCACUUGGAUCAAAUUUUUAGGAUGCUAGUUUAUAGGGCGACUGAAUGAAGUAAGUAGGUAAGUUGUUCACGACUUUCACAAGUGCUUUCACAUUGUCCGAUCCGAUAUCGGAUGUAGGAUCCUACAUCCGCGUAGUUAGGUCGUGGGGGCGCGCCCGGGCGCCAUCUUUAGCGGUCACUACAACAAGCAUAAUGCCUACACAUACGCACACAAACAAAUAUUAUCGGUCCGACAGCCGACUCCGACAUGGCUGAAUUUAUCGGAAGCGCCUUUCCGAUAUCGGAUGUCGGAAGGCCGCCUUUUUUUAAGUUAUCUGUCGUUUUUAAGUAAUAAUUAUUUAUUAAAUGAAUAAAUAAAUACACAAAAAAUACAUUUCUCACAUAUUACUUUCAUCCAACAUCCGAUAUCGGAUCGGGCACUGUGUGAAGCGUUUUAUUCCUGAGUUAAAGUAGGUAUAGUGAGGUUAUUGAGUAGGUACUUUAUUUUAUAAAUUAUAAUACCAUGUUGUUUGUAGACUAUAUUGAAUUAACUAUUGUAAUUUUAGGGGGAGCCGUAGUUGGCGUAGUUCUAACCUAACCUACUGCACUGGCAAGGCAACCGAGGCAACGCCUGACUGCCUGGCUGGUACGAUUUUGUGAAAGGUCGCAGUUUUAACUGGAUCUAUCCCCACUUUUCUGGCAACAGUUCUUUUUCGUGGGGGGUCGUAAUUCUAACCUUACUUCGAGUUCUGACUUUACACAUACCCCCAUGUUACACACAUCGGCUUUUUUAUUGCGUGCUCGCUUUCAGCUCGCGCGCACAGUAUGGCCUCGUGUGUAAUGACCAACAUAGCACACUUGUAUUACAAUACUAAUACCUAAUAUGCAGCUGUUAUGAAUUUUAUAAUUCUAUUACCUACAAGUAGUUUUAUUCCUAAAACUCAGCCAACUUAUACUAUAAAGUCACCGCAAUGCCUCUUUACCAACCACCUGCGAUAAGUGGUAGACUUGUUCGUAAGUGUUUG